CCGUGGUGCUCGCGAAGGCUGGGGCUCGCGCCCUUGCGGGCGGUCGUGCGUGCUGUGUCCACGUCGCCCCUUGGCGCUGACCUUGGGACGUAAACCGAUGUGCGCGCGUGUGCAGUCAAUGUGGCCUAAUCUGUCAACCGUUCUCCGUGCGCCGCGCCACUUGGCGCCAUGUAGACUGUUAUCCAGGUUCGAGUUUGGCACCGCACGGCCGUGUGGCAGCAUUUUAUUUUUGUCAUUUUCUCGCAUCUCCGCUGAGCCACGGAGGGGUUUGUUCUGGGUCGCCAUGUGUGAUUUGUAAACGCUGAGUGGCGGGGCAGUGGGUUCGCGUAACAGCUGUGUCGAUUCUCUUUUUAAUCUCUGGCUUUCGGCGCUGCCGGUUUUGGCGCACAGCGCCGUGCGGGUGGCGGCCCUGCUGCUGACGGUGUCGUGUUUAUCUCUUCUCUGCAGUUGUUGAGAGAAUUUCUUUAGGUUGGCUGGCAGCGUCAGCCAGCAAAGGAGCAUUCCUCCCCGUCGCACGCCCCCCGUGCUCUCGUGGCCUCGUGCUCUCGCAGGUGUGCGAGUCGACUGGCAGGCCGGGCGGGCGCGCGAGAGACAGAGCGCCAUGGCGGUGGUGAUUCGCCUUCAGGGCUUGCCCAUGGUGGCCGGCACGAUGGACAUCCGCCAGUUCUUCUCGGGGCUCAGCAUCCCGGACGGCGGUGUGCACAUCGUGGGCGGCGAGCAGGGCGAGGCCUUCAUCAUGUUCGCCACGGACGAGGACGCGCGCCUCGGCAUGAUGCGCAACGGCGGCUCCAUCAAGACCUCCAAGAUCUCGCUGCUGCUCAGCAGCAAGAGCGAGAUGCAGAAUGUGAUCGAGCAGAGUCGGCGCCGAUACGAAGUGGGCAGCUCGGUGGGGGGUAGUGACCCAGGUCCCGGCGGCGGACGGCCCGUCGGUGGUGGUGGCGGCGGUGGUGGCGGUGGCGGCGGCGGCGGCGGUGGGGGGGUCGGGGGGGGCGGGGGGGGCGUGGGAGGAGGGAUGCCCCGCGUCGGCACGAUGACGCCUCCGCAGUCCGUUAUGGGCUCUGCCAUGCCCCCCCCGGGGGUUGGGGUCGGAGGGGGCCCCCCUCCCCCAAUGACGGACAAAGCAGUGAACCCCAGCAUGCCAGGGGGUGUUAUGGGUGCCAACAUGCCGCCCCCUAACCAGUCGCCUUUCUCGGCCCCGUCAGGUUUCAAUGUUCCCCCCCCUCCGCUACCCCCUGGGCCCCCGUUUCCCCCCGCCCCCUUCAUGCCCUCUCUCCCUCCCCCCAUGUCGAACAGGCCCCCACCCCCCAUGUCCAGCGGCCCCCCUCCCAUGCCCCCCAUGGCCCCCCUGGGGGGCGACGGCAUUAGCCGCAAAGUGAACGGCUCCGGCAUGGCUACGGGCGGCUCCGGGAUGUCAAGUGGCACCGGCGGUACCGGCUACGGCUUGGGUUCAUCGUCAGGUUCCGGCUAUGGCAUGGGGUCAUCAUCGUCGGGUUCUGGCUAUGGCAUGGGGUCAUCGUCGUCAUCUUCCGGCUACGGCUUUGGGUCAUCAGGUUCCGGCUACGGCUUAGGUUCAGCAUCAAGUUCCGGAUAUGGCACGGGGUCCUCCUCGGGCUCCGGUUACGGUGCUAGUGGCUCGGGCGGCAGCUCCGGGUUCAACAUGGGUGGUGGCCCGCUAUCGCUGGGAGCCAUGCCCAUGAGUGGCACCGGGGGUACGGACGGCCAGGGCUCGCGCUACGGGGAUGGGCCCAGUAAAGGCUUUGGGAUGUCAGGAGGCAGCACCGGUUACGCGGGGGGAGGACUCUACGGGUCCUCGGGUUUCUCCCACUCCGGCGCUGGUGGUUCCUCCGGCUCAUCCGGUAGUGGCUACAGCAAGAGCUCUAGCUUCAGCGGAGGAGCCUCUGGCGGUGGCUCCAUGGGCUACGGCAGCUCUGGCCUCAGCGGGUCGUCCAUGGGCUUUAGCAGCUCUGGGCAAAAUGACCCCAACCUGAAUCUUGGUUCUGGCAGUUCCAGCAGUAAUCGCAGUCAUUCGGGUAUGGGUCCUGGCGGUCCUGGUCUGGGUUCCAGUAUGGGUCCUGGCAUGGGCCUUGGUGGUUCUGGUUUAGGACCGAGUGGACCAUCUAUGGGUUCCAGUAUGGGCCCAGGUGGUCCUGGUAUGAGUUCCAAUAUGGGUUCCAGCAUGGGUUCUGGUAGUCAUGGCAUGGGCCUUGGUGGUUCUAGUAUGGGUCCUGGUGGUCAUGGGGUGGGCCACAGUGGUUCCAAUUUGCGUCCUGGUGGUUCUGAUAUGAACUUUGGUGGUACAAAUACAGGUCCUAGUGGCUCUAUGAACCUCGGUGGUUCCAGUACAGGUCCUGGUGGUCCUGGUAUGGGUUCUGGUAUGGGUUCUGGUAUGGGUUCCAGUAUGGGUUCUGGUAUGGGUUCUGGUGGUACUAGCAUGGGAUCCAGUUUGGGUUCUGGUGGUCCUGGUCUGAGCCUUGGUUCUUCUGGUUUGGGUCCAGGUAUGCGACCUGGCAUGGGUCUUAGUGAUUCUGGAAUGGGGCGGAGUGGGUCUAGUAUGGAUCGUAGUUUUUCUGGAAUGGGCCCUGGUGGUCUGAGUAUGGGUCCUGGUGGACCUGGUAUGGGUUCUAGUAUGGGCCCCGGCGGUUCCAGCAUGGGCCCUGGCGGUUCCAAUAUGGGUCCUGGUGGUUCCAAUAUGGGUCCAGGUGGGUCCAAUAUGGGUCCAGGUGGGUCCAAUAUGGGCCCUGGUCGUUCCAGCAUGGGUCCUAGUGGAUCCAAUAUGGGUCUUAGUGGUUCCAAUAUGGGCCCUGGUGGUUCCAAUAUGGGUCCUGGUGGUUCCAAUGUGGGUCCAGGUGGGUCCAAUAUGGGCCCUGGUGGUUCCAAUAUGGGUCCUGGUGGUUCCAAUAUGGGUCCUGGUGGUUCCAAUAUGGGCCCUGGUGGUUCCAAUAUGGGUCCUGGUGGUUCCAAUAUGGGUCCUGGUGGAUCAAAUAUGGGUCCUGGUGGUUCCAAUAUGGGCCCUGGUGGUUCCAAUAUGGGCCCUGGUGGUUCAAAUAUGGGCCCUGGUCGUUCCAGCAUGGGUCCUGGUGGUUCCAAUAUGGGUCCAGGUGGAUCCAAUAUGGGUCUUAGUGGUUCCAAUAUGGGCCCUGGUGGUUCCAAUAUGGGUCCAGGUGGAUCCAAUAUGGGUCCUGGUGGUUCCAAUAUGGGCCCUGGUGGUUCCAAUAUGGGUCCUGGUGGGUCCAAUAUGGGUCCUGGUGGUUCCAAUAUGGGUCCUGGUGGUUCCAAUAUGGGUCCUGGUGGGUCCGGCAUGGGCCCUGGUGGGUCCAAUAUGGGUCCUGGUGGUUCCAAUAUGGGUCCUGGUGGUUCCAAUAUGGGCCCUGGUGGUUCCAAUAUGGGCCCUGGUGGUUCCAAUAUGGGUCCUGGUGGGUCCAAUAUGGGUCCUGGUGGUUCCAAUAUGGGCUCUGGUGGUUCCGGCAUGGGCUCUGGUGGGUCCGGCAUGGGGCCUGGUGGUUCCGGCAUGGGUCCUGGUGGUCCCGGCAUGAGCCGUAGUGGUUCCAGUUUUGGUCCUGGUGGCUCAGGUUUGGGUUCUGGCUUACCCAGCAUGAGUCGGAGUGGACCGCCCGGCUUAAAUCAAGGUGGCUCAAAUAUGGGUUAUAGUGGAUUUAACAUAGACACCAGUGACAAGGGUCUACGAGGUUCGAGCAUGGGAUUCGGUAACUCUCCUUCGAGUAGUGGUCUUAGUUUAGGCCACGGUGGCUCUCCUUCCACUGGUGGGUCCAGCAUGGGUUUUGGAAGUUCCUCUUUGGGCAGUGGCAGUUCGAUGAGUCAGGGUGGACCCAGCAGGAAUUACAAUUCCAGCUCGACCCCGAGCGGCCCGGGCUUGGGUCAAGGCAUCUCCGGCAUGGGCUUCUCUAGUUCUCUUAGCAGCGGCCCUGGUAUGGGACAGAGGCUUCCUCCGAUGGGUGGCCCGGCUGUUAGUGGCGGUGGCGGUGCAGGCUUCGGUGGCUCCGUGCAGAACACAGGCCCUAGUAUGGGAUUCCACGCUUCUUCUAUGGGCAGUCCGAGCAGUGGGCUGGGCAGCUCCGGUCAUUCUGGAGGCAGGUCGGCUUCGAAUCACGGCGGAAGCGGCCGCGUGUCUCGCUUUGAGGACAACUUGCCGAGCCCCGUCGGGGGAUUCCCCGGCCCGGGGCGAGGUCCUGGAUCGGCACCGUCCCUCCUAAGGCCCGGCCUGGAGCCGCCGCCCGUCAGGGGCCUUCCUUCCACCGGUGUUUCUGGCUCUUUGCUCGGCCAGCCCAUGCCUCCCGGCGCUGCGGGGGCGCUGUUUGGCGAUCCGCGUUUCGCCGGCCCAGGCCCGGCCUACGGCUGUGGAGAGCAGGGGUCCUCCGGCUUCCCUUUCUCGGCCAGAGGUGGCCAAGGAGGUGGCGCCAGUUUGUCGAGCUUGUCAGACGGUGGCCGCGGCAGCAGAUUAAUGUCCGGCAACGACGGGGUGGGCACGCUGAGCCCCUUGCCUCCGAUAAAUGCGGACGACCUUUACGUGCGUCUCGUGGGGCUGCCCUUCUGGGUCACCAGGCAGCACGUGCUCGACUUCUUUGCGGGGCUGGCGGUGGACGGCGUCGUGCUUGGGCACGACGGGGACUCGUUCCGCUCCACGGGAGACGGCUUCGUCAAGUUCCACCGCACGCGCGACGCAAUCGAGGGCAUGAAGCGGCACCAGCAGCGCAUGGUGAACAAGCCCGUGGAGGUGCACCCGGCGACCGAGCGCGAGUGGCUGUGCGCCGCCAAGAACUUCGGCGGGCCCGAGCCGCCGCAGAAGGAGGCGCAGACGGGAGCGCCGGCCCCGCUGCUGCACCUGCCGAUGGGCCGCGAGCUCAAGCGCCCGUGCUCGCGGUCGCCGUCCCACUCCCCCAAGAAGGGGCGCUCACGCUCCCCGUGCAGGGAUCGCUCCCCCUCGCCCAAUGAGCACGAGCUCUGCGUGCAGAUCCGAGGCUUCCCCUUGAACGCCGACAAGUUCACGGUGCUCAAGUUCCUCGGCCGGCAGGAGAUUCGGGAAGAGAGCCUCAUCCUGGUGCCUGAGGGCGGCACGGUGAAGGCGUGCGUGGAGUGCAAAUCGGACUACGACAUGCGCUCUAUCUUGCGUCGCGACAAGUCCUACGUGGGCAACAAUUUCCUGACCGUGCGGCCCAUCCAGAAGUGGUUCCUUGAGAGGCUCCACGGGGAGAAGAUGAAAGAGAAGGGCGGUGGUGGUGGCGGUGGUGGCGGCGGCGGCGGUGGCGGCGGUGGCGAACGCCUAGAGCCCAAGAAGCCCGAGCCGGUCCCUAGCGAGACCAGCAUGUGCUACUACCUGCACCUGAGCAAUAUCCCUUGCAGCGCCACCAAAGACGACCUGAUGUGUUUCUUCAAAGGGCACGAUCUGUCGGAUGAGGGCAUUCAGAUUCUGCGCGACAAGAACGGAGAGACCAUUGGGCAGGCCAUGCUGCAGUUCCGCAGCAUGGAGGCAGCCGGCAAGGCCACAACUCUCAACCGCAGCCUGAUUGGGGGCCGGGAGGCCAUCAUCAGGGUGGUGAGCCAUGCCGAGAUGCUGGCCUUAAAGGCAAACCCUGGCACGGAGGGGAAGGCGACAGGGCCGGAAAAGCAGCAGGAGGGUCAGGGCCCCGACAGAAAGCCCGGGGCAGCUGCCGCUGUCGGACCCGGGGGAUUCCCAGACAGAGGAUUUUUCCCAGGGGGCCCCAGACCCCCUAUGACUGGGCCCCCUCCAUUCUGCGGCCCUAAUUUCCGGGGUCCUCCUCCUCCGCUCCCUCCCUUCAUGUCAAGACCUCCUCUUUUCCCACCCGGCGAUAGUGCGGGUGUAUUUGGCAAAAACUUUGGCGGGCCACUCGGCGGGGGUGGUAGCGGUGGAGGCGGCGGUGGGGGCGGCGGUGGUGGUGGCGGCGGCGGCGGCAACAGCGGCAGUAAUGUGAACUUAUCGGAAGGCUUUGCUGGCAGUCACGGGGGAGCCCCGUUCUGCAAGGCGAGCCAGGAUGCGGGGCCGCCAGAUAGGCCCAGUGGCCCUGGCAUGGGUGGGGUCCCCCAGCCUCGUGGCAUCGUGAGACUCAAAAACCUGCCGCGCGUCGUGAACCAGAGCGAGAUCCUGGACUUCUUCUAUGGCUACCGCGUGAUCCCCGAAUCGGUGAACAUGCAGGUGCCGGGAAGCGCUCUCGUCUCCUUUGAAACGACCGGUGAGGCCAUGGCAGCCGUGAAGGAGUUGAACGAGCGGCCGAUUGGCGUGCGCAAGGUGCGGCUCUGUCUGGUGUAGUCGGCGUCUCCGUCCCACCGUCGCCACCCGGCAGUAGGGGCAGUAGGGGCAGCAGGGGCGUACGAGGUGUCGCCACGGCAACCGUCAAAGCAAUUGCUUGUCCCCCCCCCCCCCCCGCGGAAUGGAAGUGGGGGAAGCCUGCCGUUCACCGUGGGGUUAAUGAAUUCUGCCUGCGUUCCACGCGUAAUAAUAACAUAGGUUUGCAAUUAUGAUGAGCAUAGUCCCAUAGGUCGAGGUGAGCGAUGCGGGAUUUGUAAGCAUGGAGUCUUGAGUCUUUUUCUUUUCUCCUUGUAUUUCUGAGAGCUGCCGAGUGUGUGCUUUUGGCCAUGUUGGGCGCUCGUGCUGAUUGAUGGCCGCAGCGUUUGGGGCUCAGGUGGUCUCCAGUGUAGCCAGAACCGACUGGCAGAAUAGUGCCGGCGAGGUAGCGGAGCGAUGUGUGCAGAGCGAGGGCGUGUUUGGACCCGAGUCCACGGUGCUGGCACCACCGUACCCUGUGUGUGUCCCCCCUCCCCUUUGCCCUCUUCUCCCCCCACCCCCCCCCCACCCUGUGUCACGUCUCACCUCCUCACGGGUAUAAUUUAGGCCGUUUUGUAUGUAUGUAUGUUGAACUUCUUUCGCGCCGUACGUAGCCAGCCGUGCUCAGCGGAGGUGCGGGGAAUUGAAGGUGCGGAGGAAUCGGAGGUUCUCUUCGCACAGCUGUGAGUGGAGGUUGUGUGUGUGUGUGUGCAUUGAAAAGUGCAGUGUGAAUGCCUUGUGGUCUGCCAUGAGGCCUGGUCAUUGGAUCAUCUUGCGAAAGUCUUAAUGUGGAUGAACACAGAUGUCCUUGGCGUUUUAUAUGAAUCUGCAGUUUGCUUCUGACGGUUUUCGAGUGUCGACGUCGGAACGGAUCAUGACGUGUUGCCAUGUGUGAGGUGGCCCUGCAGCGGACGUGCGUGUGUACGUGCGUGUGUACGUGCAUGUGUACGUGCGUGUGAGUGCGUGCGUUGGGCAAAGACAGAGCGGCAGUGGUGGAGCGAUAGUGUAGUGGUUCGCGCGCUGCGCUACGAACCCAGUGACCCGAGUUCAAUUCCCGCUCACGGCCAACACGAGUGACGAUUAUCUCAACCGGUCCUGGGUCUCACCUAGGUCGACUCGGCCUCAAAUGACUACCUGUUGCGGUAUGUAAGAUCAUCGCCACUGGAGAGACAAAGGCGGGCGUGGUGGUGGUGGUGUGGACUCCCACUCGUUGUACCGUGCCGGCUUUCAUAGGAGCUCGCUAACAGCACUUGCCCCAACAGUCCGUUCAGGCUGUCAGGGGGGUGGGGGACUGUCUUUGUGCUGGGAAGAGUUUCCGUACGAGCCCUAACCGCCGUGGUGAUCGGGAAGGCGCUGCCGCCGUGGCCACAGCCGGCGAUCUGCGAUGACGCGUCGAGCCUCCCUCCGUGUGAUGUCACUGUGUUCACAUCCUGCGCGCGUCGAGCGAACGCGACGGGUGGCGGCGCGCCACGACGAACGAUGAUCAAGUGAAAGACGUCCUGCGCGUUUGAAUUGUCGCGCCCUUGUGGAAUGUGAAUCGUGUGAGUUUUGACACACCAAAUUAUGCGUACUGCCCCCCCCCCCCCCCCCCCCCCAUGAGCGUUUGUUACAGGUUGCGCGUAUGUUGUGUGGCCGACUGUGCGACCGCGCGCCAUUUACGAGUUGUCGAACGCUGUCGCCCCCCCCCCCCCCCCGGUCUGGUUGACGAGUGGUGAUGAUGCCAAUUGCUGUCCGUGUUGACCUACGGGCAGCUUGACACUACAAGGCUCUCGUUUCUCGCCGUGUUUUGACGAUGUUUUUCUUUCUCUCUAAUUUAAACUGUGUAAUCGUUUCCCUUUCGUUGAUUAUUUUGUUGUUGUCGAGUUUUUGUACUUCUCUGCGUUUUUAUUUCCCCAGCUCGCGUGUGUGUGUGCGUGCGUGCUCGCGUUUUGGACACUGUAUUCCCGUCUCUGCCAGUGAUGAUGAGGGAUUUGUUGUGCGUCAUCGUCCCAGCGGCAAACGUGGGGGACAUGAAGCCCUCCAUAACCUCAUGUUUUGCCCCCCCCCCCUUUGACACCUUGCCUGACCAGACGAGUUCUUUGCUGGGGGAACCCAACCCUUAUUGUAGCAUUGGGAGAGAUGUUAAACGAGUGUACGUUUUAACAGCGGAUAGUAUUUACAAGGAUUUAGAAGGUGCGGUUGUGUUUUUUUUAUUUCAUUGUCGCGUAAGAGACGCGUGCCGCUGGAGGGUUUGUGAGUGACGGCUGGGGGGGGAGGAGGGGGGGGGGGAUGUGAUGCGGAGUCUUCCUCUCAUGGCAAAGGCGCGACGGCAAAUUCACCGCGACCGCACCGGUGAACGUUGACCAACCAGCUCCGUUCCACGUGGCUCUUACUGAAGUGAGCUUAACUGUGUGCAUUUUUUUUUUACUUGUACAUGAUUGCAUAAAGUCUGUAUUAAAAGAGGAAAAAAAAAAUACACCCCCCUAAACUAAUAAUAAAAGGCUUUGCUGUGCUCUC